UAUUUUACCCAAAACGAGGGCCCUGCUUUGUAUCACCUAACCCUUUCAGGCGCAAGAUGGUCUCAAUCCAUGGCUGGUAUAUGGCCUCACAGUCAACCAAACAGAUCAAUGUUCAAACCUCACGGAUGAGUCAAGAGAGGAACUCCUUGGCUUAAGAAGCUGCGUGAGCGUCUUCUCAGUCCCAAAUUUCUGACAUAGAUAUAUCGUACAUAUAUUCUAUAUGCCUUUUUCCUUCUCAUACAUCAACUUGCCCACUUAGAACAAAGAUUGUAACAGCCAAUAGCAGUACACAGGGGAUGAUGAAGAAGAUGACCGUUUAGGGUUUUUAGAAUACUCUGAAAUAGCCACUGCUUUUAUUUUCACUCUGGGACGCGCCUCAGCUGUGGCCAUGGCUCAAGGUUAUGCUUCUCACCCUAGCUAGCCUAUGGCUCUUUUUGUGGAAUCAGAUAAUACUUAAUUUGACCUUUCCUUAAAGGAAUACAACAAGAUUUAUUACUUCAUGGCUCGGAAAGGUAAUCAACAGAAGAAUGGGUUAGAUCACCAUACAUUAAACCACAAAAGAAGAGGUUCAGCUUCAGGGGGUAAUCCAACAAAUACGAAAGGGCGCGGAAAAGCAUGUGAAGUGAAGGUUUUUCCAGGAGAAGAACUCCCAAACAGUAACCAGCCAAGCAAGUUUGGAGAGACUGUGAGUAAAACCAAUUAUGCAUUAGAUGAGAACCAAAGUGAAAAAAAAUCUGAGAACCUUUCAGGGACAGAGAAGCAAGGGAUGGAUGCAAUGCGAGGUCCAGAGCAACCAAUGUCUUCUGGGAGUGAUUUAGGGGAUUGCAUUGGAAAUAUGGAAACUUCAACUGAACAAGAAAAUGGGAUGCUACAUGGGACUAACCAAGGUGGAAAACAUACAAAAAGUAGCCUGCCAUUCUCGCUUAAUGGUUUGAAUAUUAGAAAUGUGAUAGAAAAUGUUGAGUUUUCAGAUAAUUUGGUGGUUAGAAGUGUGAGAGCGUCAGCGUUAUCAGUCUUAAAGGCAGCUAGUGAAUGGCUAGAUAGGCAAAGACCGUUGUUUGUAACUCUAACAACCAAAAUACUGAAUGCGCGUGACUAUGCUAGAAUGAAGGUUGAGCAGGCAUAUCCCAUUGUUUUGAAAUGGCUCAUGCAUUUUGGGAGCAUAACAAUUAAAGAUAAUUAUGUUAAGCAAUUAAAGAUAAUUAUUUUCUGA